AUGGCUUCCAAUCGAGAGGAGCGGCUGCAAAUGCGGCAGCGCGGAGCAGCGUCACGCAAGACUAAGGCGAUAGACUUUGGGUUUUCUUUUGGCCUGCCUACUGCCUCCGAUGAACCGUCUCAAUCCACGUCGCGACCGGACAAUGUCGGUAUUUCGCUGUUCCCUCCUGUACCACCACCGGCCUCGAUGACAGAUACUGCUGUGAACACGACGACGCCCGUAGCCGCAACGGAACCGGAGAUUACGAAACCUUCCAUAAUAUCGCCGGAGAGAAAACUGUCGGCGCAAGAGGGACCUAUUCGUCGAACACCUGGAAGCGCGCGCAACAAACUCCCGCCGCGUCCAUCGCCUUACGAUCUACCUACAGAAGAUCCGCCGGAAGUUGGACCUAGUCGCAAGAUAAGGAAACUUGAUCAUUCUAGAAGAACUUCGACGAUAUCAUUCAGCGCGCGGGAUGAAGAGAGUUCGCAGCCCCUCAACAACGGCGUCGCAUCAAUUGCCGCCCCCCAGUCGCCCCCUAAACCGACGAGUCCACCUGCUCUCAGUGGCACACAACAUUCUCAAGAGGAACUGUCAACUACACAUGUUGUACAGGAGGAUCCUGCACCCUUACAACCACCGCAGUUGGCAGAGCCUGUAGCACCUGACCAUGCCACGGAACCGCCGCCGGAACCCCAACAAGAACCCCAAGCGAGAUCAACGCCUUCUCCGCCUGGCGAGGAAACAAGGGGCAAGCGCAAGAGACGUACAUCCCGCGAUAGUGACGUUUCUUCGCGUCGUUCUCCGCGGGGUUCUCCGCAAAACGCUGUGAGCCCCAAGGCAGCAGAUGUGGAGGGUUCGCAGGUAUCAGCAGCAAUGGAUACAUCACCGGAUGGGAAAUCACCAGUCACAGCGUCACCAAAAAUUGCUGCGCCUAAUACUACCGGGAGUCAUGAUGACACUACACAGGACGUUACCGAGCCUCAGGCUACUAGUGAAUCGCAGAUCCCCGCAGCACAAAUAUCUAGCGAAGAAGAGACCACCGCUGCAGGCAAGACCACCCAACCACGAAUCGCUAGCGAGGCCGAAGCCACUGGAUCUCCAAUUGCUAGCGAACCCCCAGAGGCAGCUGAGCCUCAAGAUGCUGUCGAACCCAGAGAGACGAACGGCAUCGGGAAAGCAACCGAACCUCAUAGUACUACAACACAGACAGAGUCUCCAACACCCCCGAGAACCAAGAGAACGAGAGAGCAACGCGCAGCAUCCGUUCAACCGCAUUCAACAACUGCCAAACAGUCUAGAGUGGUCAGAGCAGGCUCAGCAGAAAGCGCCCCAGUCCAAGGCAUGGAGAGAAAGAGACUUCGUGGACGUAUCGGGAAGAACCAGGAGCCUAUGCCCAGUAUUCCUACAAUAGAAGAAGAGCCCGCCGAUGGCACUGGCGCGACUGUUUCAUCCCAGCCAAAGGAUGGUACCGUGACCAAGGGAAGUCGACAAUCACGGCUGCCAAGACCUACUACGGUGGCGGACAAGAAGUCGACGCGCGCUGGACGCCCCGGAAGAAAACCGGCACGAUCCCAGGAUAUUCAGGAAGAAGUGCCUAUGCGCGAGGAAGAGGCGCAGCAGCCGGAAGAGCAGCAGCAUGAGCCAGAGCCAGAGUCCAAGGCCGUCACAGAACCCGAAGCAUAUCUACAGCCAGAAGCACGGACAGAACCCAAACCAUCAAGGCCUGUCAGACGUGGUCGCGGCAGGAAACCAUUGCCAGAGAAUACGGAUGAUGCGCAAGCUUCGAACGAAGAAAUUCCAGCACAAGCCGAGCAGGCUGAGCCUGAAACAGAAGUACAACCGGCACAACAAACAGAACCUCCUAAACCUGCCAAACGUGGUCGUGGCAGACCGCUGUCAAGGAAAGAGAACGAUGUGACACAGGCUCCGAACGAAGAACCUACAGCUCAAGCUGAGGCAGUCGAGCCAGAGCCUGUACCAGAGCCCGAAGAAGAACCACAGCCGGAGCCUCCAGCGGAACCCGAACCGGCCAGACCUGCCAAACGUGCUCGCGGUCGCAAACCGGCGUCAAAGGAGAAGGAUGACACAACACAAGCCGCAGAUGAAGAAGCUACAGUACAAGACGAGCCGGCUGAGCCAACCGAAGAAGCACCACCACCUAAGAAACGCAAGCCCAGACAACCCCGGGGAGAAACAGUGCCAGUGACUGUCCAUCGCUUCGUGAACGCCACUGCACUUGGAGAAGGUCCAGAGCCGGAGGAAUCGUCCGACGAGGAAGAGGAGUCAGCCGAGGGACUCACGGCGAAACAAAAGACCAAGCUUUUGAGCCGAGGCGGCGUCAACGCAGCAGACGUACUAAGCCAGAUCUGCCGCGAGACAUUAGAAAAGACGCUCGCGACACUCAAGAACGGGAUCGCGAACGAAGGCAACGCCGCCCGGCGUGCGGAAUGGACACGCAAGAAGAAGGCCGUCGAGGCCUACGGUACGGAACUCGAGGGCCGUCUCUUUGAACUGAGCGAAAUGCUCGACAGUAACUUUGUUCUCGGACGCCAAAUCAAGAAAUCCAAACGGGAAAUGAUGGAUCUGCGGAGCCGACUAUACCGAGUCCGGAAAGAACGAGAAGACGUGGCAUUGCAAAUGGACGCCGUACGGAGGAAGCACAGUGAGGAAGAGAAUGCCAAAAUGGCCCGCUCAACCAUCAACAACUCCCUCCACAGUCUGGACCUCGCCCUCGAGCGUAGCCGCAAUCGCCCCGUCGACGAAUCCACCUCCCAGAACCCCGAACCCUCCUCCACAGCCGGACUGGAGUUCCUUGUCCGCAACGUUGCGGAGAACGUGAGCUCCAUCGCCCCUGGAGCUCAAGGCGGUCUGCUACAUCAGAUCAAGUCAUUCAACGCACAGCUCGAGGCUACUGCGCGGAGACUCGAGAGUUGA